AUGGCCGUGACUGCGAACGGGGGGAUGGAGAUGCCUUCAUGGUACGACAUAUUCGACUUUGACGGAUAUUCUCGGGAGGACGAAGCGGGUAUGCACAAAUCCGCCGCCUCCUUGAAUGCUUUCCUCGACUCCGAAAUUGCUGUGGGUAUUCCCGCUCAUCGCAUCGUCCUCGGCGGAUUCAGCCAGGGAGGCGUGAUGAGUCUCUUGACGGCUCUGACGUCAGACAAGAAAUUGAGCGGAGUGGUGGUCUUAAGUGGACGGCUGCCACUCCAGGGAAAAAUUACAUCAAUGGCCACACCGAGUAAUAUCACAACCCCGAUAUUCUGGGGCCAUGGAAAAGACGACCCGCUUGUCAAAUUUGAUACGGCGAUCCGCUCAGUCGAGAUUCUCAAGCUACAGCUUAAUAUCCCUACGGCGGAUCUAGAGUCACCGGAGAAGGGCGGACUUAUGUUUAAUUCGUAUGAAGACCUUCCGCACUCGGCGUCCAAUGAGGAAUUGCGAGACUUGAAGGCGUGGCUUAAGAAAGUACUGCCGAGUACUUGA